CCCUAAUAUUGAGAAGCCGAAGGAGCCGAAUUCGGACAAGCAAAUACAAAUUCUAGCAGAUACCACACUCUGACGUAAACCUCUCCGCAGCUAUCAUAAAUCCACAGGUGUAUUGUGAUUAGUUCUUUGUAUACGAUUAUAGUAUUGUAUCAAAGAAAAAAAGAAGAAGUGAUGGCGUGGAGGCUGAGCAGGGGUGAUAUAGCCGGAUUCAGAAUACUGUUUAGUUUGGGGAUAUUGUACGGAUUGAUAUCGGUGCUGGUAUACUCCAUCAUUCACAUGAAGUUCAUCACACCACUUGGGAUGGAGGCUCCUCUUGAUCGCUUCUCUGAGGGCAGAGCUGUUGAGCAUGUUCGCGUCUUGUCUAAAGAUAUCGGAGGUCGCCAGGAAGGGCGUCAAGGUUUGAAACAAGCAGCUCAAUAUAUUAAGACGCAGUUGGAAAUGAUGAAGGAGCGAGCUCAGCCUGGUAUUAGAAUAGAGAUAGAGGAGACCAUUGUUAAUGGCUCCUUCAACAUGAUCUUUUUACGGCAUGGCAUUUCCCUGGCUUAUAGAAAUCAUAUAAAUAUUAUUAUGAGAAUCUCAUCAGUAGAUUCAGGAGAAAAUGAUACUGCAGUUUUGGUCAAUGGCCAUUUCGAUACUCCACCUGGUUCUCCAGGAGCUGGUGAUUGUGGUUCAUGUGUUGCAUCGAUGCUCGAGCUAGCAAGACUCUCUAUAGAUUCUGGCUGGAUUCCACCUAGACCAGUUAUAUUUCUGUUUAAUGGAGCUGAAGAACUGUUUAUGCUGGGUUCACACGGUUUCAUAACUACACAUAGAUGGAACGAGACGGUUGGAGCAUUUAUAGAUAUUGAAGCAUCUGGGACCGGAGGCUUUGGUAGGUGCCUGCAUUCAUACUAUUGUGGCAUGUUUAUUACUUGCUUCCUGCUAUUACAAUCUUGUAAAGAGGGAUAAAUGAAAGCAUAGGGAUAAAUAUAAAGCAUUAUUUUUUUUUGUUGCCCAAUGCUAAAGUAAUUGAUUGGUAAGGGAGAAGGAUUGGUCUGGAAUCAUUUUAUGGAGAAUAUUUUGUCAUGACCCAAAUUACCCAUGCUGUGAUUGGCACCCAACACCCCCAUGUUGAGCGAACCAUGAACAUUUACCAGAUAUAAAUUAUAAUAUGGACAGUAAUAUAAUAAUCAGAAUCUAAUAAAUCUGAUACAACACAUAAAUCAACAUAAUACAGGACUGGGUUCCAACUAAGUCAUGAGCCUGUAGAAGUAGAAAAGUACAUCAACAGUUUGAAUACAAACUACAUAAAGAUAAAAGAGAAGCCAAGCCACUGCAAACCCGGCAAGAAGCAAGAAGCUCACCACUGAUACUGAUAUAAAUGCUGGAAUCUCAAUCACGGGUCCCUCUAGUACUUGGAUCCGAAUAUGCAUAUAGAUUGCAGGGAAAAGAGGGCGAGUAAUCAUUGACCGCCUCCCACGAAGCAUUGGCAAGAGUCAAUUAAGAAAGUAGUCAUUAAAACAUAACUCGAGCCAGUAUUAUAUUUGUGAGAAUGCACGGGAGAAAAAUCUUAGUAUUGAUAUUUUAUGUUAAAUGAGCCCUAUUCACAAACUUUGUAGCAAUAUCUCUCGAGAGUAUCUUUUCUCUAACAAAGUGACA